CCGGAAAAGAAACAAAUAUAUAAAUAUAAAUAAUGUCACUAGCAGACGAACUACUCGCAGAUUUGGAGGAGGACAAUGACAAUGAUAUUGAUGAUGCCGAAAUGGCAGAUGCCGACGAUGCUGAGCAGGCAGCGCUCAACCACGAGCUGGCAGAAAAGUUGCUCAAGCCGGCGCCCAAUCUCAUGGAAGUCGACGUCAAGGUCCAAUCUGUGCGAGAACUGUGCAAGCUGCGUGACUCGGAUCGUCUGCAGAACACUCUCAAGCAAAUCGAGCAUUAUGCGAGUCGGCAACGCAGCGCUGCCGAAAUGUUGGGCAGCGUGGAAUCAGAUCCGGAAUAUUGCUUGAUUGUGGAUGCGAACGCGAUUGCCGUAGACAUUGACAACGAGAUUUCCAUAAUACACAAGUUCACCAAAGAGAAGUAUCAGAAGCGCUUUCCGGAGCUAGACUCGCUCAUUGUGGGCGAAAUCGAGUACUUGCUGGCUGUCAAGGAGCUGGGCAACGAUUUGGAUCAAGUCAAGAACAAUGAGAAGCUGCAGGCCAUACUCACUCAGGCAACAAUUAUGAUUGUCUCUGUGACUGCGUCCACUACGCAGGGCACCAUGCUAACCGCCGCUGAGAAGGCGAAGAUCGAUGAAGCCUGCGAAAUGGCAAUUGAGCUGAACAAUUUCAAAUCCAAGAUCUAUGAAUACGUUGAGAGUCGCAUGACCUUCAUAGCGCCCAACCUGUCCAUGAUUGUGGGCGCCUCAACAGCUGCCAAAUUGUUGGGCAUUGCCGGCGGCCUGACCAAGCUCUCCAAAAUGCCGGCUUGCAAUGUGCAGGUGCUCGGCUCGCAGAAAAAGACCUUGUCGGGCUUCUCACAGACCCAAAUGUUGCCACACACGGGCUACGUUUACUACUCUCAGAUUGUGCAGGAUACGGCGCCCGAUUUGCGACGCAAAGCGGCAAGGCUUGUGGCUGCCAAGUCGGUGCUGGCGGCACGUGUGGAUGCGUGCCACGAGAGCGUGCACGGCGAGAUUGGUUUGAAGUUUAAGGAAGACAUUGAGAAGAAACUGGACAAGCUGCAGGAGCCGCCGCCAGUGAAGUUCAUCAAGCCGUUGCCAAAGCCCAUCGAGGGCAGCAAGAAGAAGCGAGGCGGCAAACGCGUGCGCAAGAUGAAGGAACGAUACGCGCUGACCGAGUUCCGCAAGCAGGCAAAUCGCAUGAACUUUGGCGAUAUCGAGGAGGACGCCUAUCAGGGAGAUCUGGGCUACUCGCGCGGCACCAUUGGCAAGACCGGCACUGGUCGCAUUCGCUUGCCCCAGCUGGAUGAGAAGACAAAGGUGCGCAUUAGCAAGACGCUGCAGAAGAAUCUGCAGAAGCAACAGGUCUACGGAGGCAACACAACCGUGAAGCGUCAAAUCUCUGGCACAGCCUCCAGCGUCGCAUUUACCCCGUUGCAGGGUCUGGAAAUUGUAAAUCCACAAGCGGCCGAGAGAUCGCACACAGAAGCCAAGUACUUCUCGAAUACAUCCGGUUUUCUGUCUGUGGGCAAGCGAACCACUUAAAACAACUACAAUAUAUCCAUAUAAAAUAUAUGUAAAAUUAU